CAAAUUUUUAUUUUGCGAAUUUAAUUUAUUAACUCGGCACUGAGGUAUGCUGAGGUACCCCUGAUAGUUUUGCAGAAAUCAAAGCCUACUAAAGUAUUUAAACUUUGUCUGUAAGUCCUAAUAAAUAAUAAGAGAAUGGAUUCAGCAAAAAUCGAAACGGGAUGCCAGUUAUUUAAGAGAAUAGAGAAGAGACCAAAUUUAGGUUAUAUGAAAUUCCUCGGGGAUCAACCGAAUCCAAGAGAUUUCAUUCAGAUAACCGGUGAAGCCGGCUCAGGAAAAACCCUGCUCAUCACCGACCUAAUAGCACAAUGCAUUUUACCGAAAUCUUUAAAUUACAACGGUUCCUGCGCGAUCUUCAUCAACACCGAUCACCAUUUCAGUGUGCUCAAGCUCUAUGCACUAAUGAAAGAAUGCCUGAAAGAUACUGAUGUUGACAUAAAUGAAGUGAUCGAGGAAAGUUUGAGCAGGUUGAUCAUCAUGAACUGUUACAGCAACGAGCAGCUGAAGAUAACUAUUAUGAAUCUGGAGAAGAUCUUGAACGAAAACGUUCUGAUCAACUUCGUCGCUGUGGACAGCUUAAGCGCGUACUUUUGGUGCGAUCAAGAAGACGUUAAACAUUUUAACACUGCUUCGUAUUACGUUAGGGGUUUGACGAUGUCUUUGAGAAAUGUUUACGGAAAUAGAAACGUGAUGACGGCUUUCACGGAUAAUCUGGAGAAUCCUUUGAACGCCGGAGUGGAAUAUACGAUGUUCUUGAAGAAAGGCGAUGCGGGAAAACACGAAAUGACCAUUCACAAUUCGAAAAUUGGCACCGAUUUCAUCAGACAUUACAAUAUCGGCAAUUGCGUAGAAUUCGUCGACUGAUGUUGUGGUUGCAUAAUAAAUGUUGACUAACUGA